AAACUAAAAGACUCAACAAUGGAGAGAAGCAAAGUGAUGACGAUGACAAUGGCAGCUCUGGGAUUAGCUUUGGUGUUAAUGGUUCAACAGGCGGAUGCUACAAGGUUCAUUGUGGGAGGGGGAGGCAUUGGUUGGACCACUAAUGUCAAUUACACUGUCUGGGCUAAAGGGAAGCACUUCUACAAUGGCGACUGGCUCUUUUUCGUAUACGAUCGGAACCAGAUGGACGUGCUAGAGGUGAACAAGACGGACUAUGAGUCAUGCAAUACUGAUCAUCCACUUCACAACUGGACAACCGGAGCCGGAAGGGAUGUGGUUCCGCUUAACGUGACUCGCCAUUACUAUUUCAUUAGCGGCAAAGGGUUCUGCUACGGAGGCAUGAAGCUAGCGGUCCGUGUCGAGAACCCGCCUCCACCUCCUAAGGCUGCUCCGUUGGACGAAAAGAGUGGCUCCUCACCGAGUACCAUUGUCUACAGAGGCCAGCUUGUUAUACCAGCUGCUCUCGCCAUUGCUGCAGUGUGGGAUGCAUUUGUUCGAAUCUGGUAGUUUCGAAAUCGAGAUCGAACUCGAGAUAAUUCCUUCAUCAAUUGUGAAGCCGAAUCAGAACGAUUCAUAUUCCAUUUCUUCUUAAAUUAUUGGUGUGUUUUUUCUUUUC